AUGAGUGGAAAUGAAGACGACUGGCUGGCUCUCAAACCCCAGGAACCUUCUCCAUCCCAGUGCUGCGGCAGCGGCUGCAAACCCUGCAUCUAUGAUGUGUAUGAGAAGGAGCUUGCGCAAUGGGAGAGGGCCAAAGCAAAGCAAGACAAAAGCCUCCUCAUGGAAAAGAAGGAGCAGAGCAAUAAUUCAGAACUGAAUCCAGAUACAUUUACUGCAUUCAGCAUAAGCUCAGUGGAGCAGCUAACAGAGGACACCUACCAGUACAGAUUUGAAUUACCGGGAAAUAGCAGUCUGCAAUUGGGUUUAGGACAACAUAUCGUGUUAAGAGGGGUGGUGAAUGGUUUGGAGGUCCAGCGAGCCUAUACUCCAAUUAGCCCAGGGCAUGCAGAAGGUUAUUUUGAAGUUCUGGUGAAAUGCUAUGAAGCUGGGCUAAUGUCACAAUACAUAAAAACAUGGAAAAAAGGAGACAUGGUCUUUUGGCGUGGGCCGUUUGGAGGGUUCCCAUAUCAACCUAAUAAGCAUGGAGAACUCCUCAUGCUGGCAUCUGGUACCGGCCUCACACCAAUGCUUCCCAUCCUUCAGUCCAUAACAGAUGACGAAGAGGAUGAAACCUUUGUAACUCUUGUUGGCUGCUUCCCUACUUUUGACAAAAUUUAUUUGAAACCUUUUCUCCAGGAUCUGGCUCGAUACUGGAACGUCAGAAUAUUUUACGUCCUAAGCCAGGAAACUUCACUGGAAAAACUUCCUUGGAGCUAUCAGGAAAACACAUACACCGGUCGUCUAAAUGAAGACUUGAUGAAGACGAUAAUAAAUUCGUGUCGAAGAAAGCCGUUUGUAUUAAUCUGUGGCUCUUCUGCAUUCAAUGAAGAUAUGAGUAAAUAUUUGAAAGCUGCAGGAAUUGAAGAAAGUUCCUGUUUUGUCUUUUAG